AUGCAUGCACGUAUAUGUAUAUAUAUAAUAUAUACAUAUACAUAUAUAUAUAUAUAUAUAUACAUACAUGUCACCCACUUUCAUUGCGCGUUACAACAGCGACACGGAUCCUUCCAGGAUGCUCGGCGUCUCCUAGAGGUCUGCAAACGCUGUGGACCCGACCAAAGCUUGUGGGUUCAGGCCUUGUCCUUCCUGGCUUCGCCGGAGAGCGGUGGAGGACACCUGGAAGAGAUUCAGGAAGUGCUGCGGCAUAUCGAGGACAGCGAUUUGAUGCCGCUGCUUCUGGUCAUUGAGACCUUGCGCCAUAGCGAAGAGGUCACCAUCGGCGAUGUGCGACCAUACCUGCAGGCACAAUACAAGCGCCUGGUCGAUGCCCUUGCAACGUCCAGAGGGAAGUCCUCUCAGGAUCGUCAUGAGAUCGUCCGGAUGCAGCAGGAAAUUGUCCAGCUACGGACCGAGGCCAAGGAGUUCCAAACCACCCGAUGCUUUCAGUGCGGUUUGACCUUGGACGUUCCUGCGGUGCAUUUUUUCUGUGGCCAUUCGUAUCACGCGUAUUGCACACCUUCGGAUGGCACUUGCCCGAAGUGUUCCUCGGGGGCUUUGCCGAAGCUCUCGUUGAAGGAAUCGAAGGGGAUGGACAGAGGUUCCACCAAGGUGUUUUAUUUUGUUUGA